AACGGCUUCAUUUCAUCCAGGCAAGUGCCGUUACCGAGUUAUAUCUUGUGUACGGUUAACGUGUCACAGACUCUCCGCUAGUCUCGUGCUCGGUUGGCUGGAGAUCCCUGGCGGUGGAAUGUCGUGUCUCUAUCGUCCCGGGAAACCCUGAGACGCAGCCGCAGCGUUUAACGAGCUCCAUUCAUCCCGAGCGGCAUGACCGAGGCGAUUUUUCUUGUCUUGUACACUGACGUAACGAUAUUACAAUGAAAGGACACAUUUUCUUACGCUUUAUGAAAGUCUCGUAUAGUCACCAGGGGGCAUGCACACGUUAACGCAGCGCGGGAAACAUCGCAACAUUGUAACAUUUCUAACGUUAUAAAGGCGGAUCGGAUGGGACUAGAUGUCCAGCGGAACUAGGAGCAGCUCCGAGGCUCUUCAUAUCGCUGUAGUUUGUGUUGCGGGAGGGUUCCUGCUGCCCCCAUCCAUCUCUCCGGCUGUUGUUGUGAAUUGAUCUAACAUGGCGACUGUACCCGUGUAUUGCAUCUGCAGAUUACCUUACGACGUAACCCAGUUUAUGAUCGAAUGCGACGCAUGCAAAGACUGGUUUCACGGCAGCUGUGUGGGAGUGGAUGAAGAUGAAGCACCAGAUAUCGAUAUCUAUCACUGUCCUAACUGUGAAAAGACUCACGGCAAAUCCACCUUGAAAAAGAAAAAGAGCUGGUAUAAACAUGACACGGGGCAAAGCGGAGAUGUCAAACCGGUUCAGAACGGCAGUCAAAUGUUCAUAAAAGAGCUACGCAGCAGAACGUUCCCAAGUUCAGAAGAUGUGGUGGUGAAGCUGUCAGGAAGUCAGUUGACGCUGGAUUACCUUGAGGAGAAUGGAUUCAAUGAGCCCAUUUUGAUUCCGAAGAAAGAUGGUUUGGGGAUGUCCAUGCCCGCACCCACCUUCUACAUCAGUGAUGUGGAAAACUAUGUUGGGCCUGAUGUUCUUGUGGAUGUUGUCGAUGUAACCAAGCAAACCAACAGCCAGAUGAAGUUAAAAGAGUUUGUUGAUUACUACUAUAGCACAAACCGAAAGAAAGUAUUAAAUGUGAUCAACCUGGAGUUUUCAGACUCAAGAAUGGGCAGUAUUGUGGAGAGUCCGCAGAUAAUUCGCAGAUUGUCCUGGGUAGAAAACUACUGGCCAGACGAUGCAUUGUUGGGGAAACCUAAAGUGUCCAAGUACUGUCUCAUCUGUGUGAAAGACAGCUACACAGACUUCCAUAUCGAGUGCGGUGGUGCCUCUGUAUGGUAUCAUGUACUAAAGGGAGAGAAGAUCUUCUUCCUCAUCAAGCCCACCUCCGCCAACCUGUCUCUGUACGAGCGCUGGAGAUCUUCCUCCAACAACACCGAGAUGUUCUUCGCCGACCAGGUGGACAAGUGUUACAAGUGCACACUGAAACAAGGGCAGACUCUCUUCAUUCCAUCAGGAUGGAUUAAUGCAGUACUGACUCCUGUAGACUGCUUGGCCUUCUCCGGCCACUUCGUCCACAGUCUGAGCGUAGAGAUGCAAAUGAGAGCAUACGAAGUGGAAAAAAGACUCAAGGUCGCCAGCCUCACUCCAUUUCCAAACUUUGAAACAGCAUGUUGGUAUGUGGGGAAGUAUUACCUGGAGCGGUUUAAAGGUUUACAUAAGGCAAAUAAGCAGCCGCCUCCCUAUUUGGUACACGGUGCCAAAAUCGUCAAUGGAGCUUUCAGAUCGUGGACUAAAAAACAGGCUCUUUUAGAACACGAGGACGAGCUUCCAGAAAACAUGAAGCCAGCGCAGCUUAUUAAAGACCUUGCCAAAGAGAUUCGGAUUUCAGAGAAUGCAACAAAAGCCAUAAAGAGCGAACCCAGCAACUCGAAGCCCCCAGCAGAGGAACCUCCAUCUGCUUUAUCUGAGCCUGAAGAGCCCAUGUCCCCCGCCCGCAUCUCCUCUCCCCCGAGAGAUAAGCCAGCCAGGAAGAAAGCCACGAAGCCACCCAAACCGCCAAAGGCACCCAAGCCUCCGAAGGUGCCCAAAAUAAAAGAAGGUGGCAAGAAGAAAUGCAAGAAAGAAAAAGAGAGUAUUAUACCAGAGAAAAAGCCCUCGAGUCUGGCAGCGCUCGAGUCUCACGCAAAGGACAUCCUAAACAAGAUGGACCAGCCAAAAAAAUUAAAGAUGGCAAAGACUGGGUUGAGUGUCAUAGAGAAAGAGACAAGUAAACCCAGUGACGUUCAGAAGUUUGAGAUGAUUCGAGAGCACAAUAAGAACAAGACUGAGGCAAAAUGGAAAUACAAGAACAGCAAACCUGAUUCAUUGUUGAAGAUGGAGGAAGAGCACAAAUUUGACAGAAGUUUACACGGCCAUAAAGACAACAAGUUUGCGUUUUCAAUGUCGCAUAAGAAGUUGCUGGGAUCAAAGACGCUCAAGACUCAGAGCAAUUUGAGUGUUUUUGGCUCUAUACAAAACAUUAAGGAGGAAAAGCCCAAGCCCGUGCGGGACGAGUACGAGUACGUCUCUGAUGAGGGGGAGCUUAAGAUCGACGAAUUCCCAAUCAGGAGGAAAAAGAACGCUGUCAAGAGAGAAUUCUCCUUUUUAUCAAACAUCAAAGAGCCCAUUCAGCCAUCGAAAAAGUCAAAGCUUCAACCGUCGGUCAUAAAGAGUGGAGAUUCGUCAGAUGAAGAAUCGCUCCACAUAGACACGGAGGCUAAGACGGAUGUCAAAGGCCGUAACUCCAAGGUAUCGAAGAAGAAAGGAGGAAGUUCAGCCGGGAUUCUGGACCUCCUACAGGCCAGCAAACAAGUGGGCGGCAUUGACUACAGUAAUAACAGUCAGCCACCUGCAUCCCCCAGCACACAGGAAGCCAUUCAGGGCAUGCUGUCCAUGGCUAACCUGCAGUCAGCAGACUCUUGUCUGCAACCCACCUGGAGCAACAGCCAGGCUAAGAACAAUUCCCACAGCGGCGCCGCCAGCAAGAAGCCAAACGUCGCGAGCGGCGGUGGAAACAGCAAGCGGCCGGCCAAACGUCUGCCUAAGAAAACGCAAAAGAGCAGCAGCGUGGACAGUUCGGACAUGUUCGAUGAUGACCAGGACCACCUUGAGGCUUGCUUUAAGGAUUCUGAUUAUGUUUAUCCAUCGCUAGAGUCUGAGGAAGACAACCCCAUUUUCAAAUCCAGAUCGAAAAAAAGGAAAAAUACAGAUGACACUCCAUAUAGCCCGACAGCGCGAGUUGGGCCGACUGUACCGCGCCAGGAAAGACCAGCAAGAGAGGGAGCGCGAGUGGCGUCUAUAGAGACGGGGCUGGCAGCUGCAGCAGCCAAACUCUCUCAUCAGGAAGAACAGAAGAUCAAGAAGAAGAAGAAGAAUACCAAAAAGAAGCCUGUGACUGUGGAAGAGCCACACAGACUCUCUCAGGACAGCAGCUCUCCAGAACCCACACCGGACUUAGAGACCAACCCGGCCGACCACGAGGACAACACCGGGACGGGCAAGACGGCCGGCAUUUCGCAACCCAUGGCCCCCGGAGUCUUCCUCAACCAGCGGCGGCCUUCGUCGUCAUCAUCGUCUCAGAACACCUCAUCUGUCCCGCCAGCAAAAGUCGAACGUGGGAACUCGACAGACGCCAAAGCCAAGCGACUUAAGAAGGGAAUGGCGACGGCCAAACAGAGACUAGGAAAAAUCUUAAAGAUUCAUCGUAACGGCAAACUCCUGCUGUAACACGGACAGUGAGAGACUCAGACGUUCUCCUGAUGUUUAUGGGCCCGCGGAACAGCCUGACCUGAUCCCACACAUGGUGAGCCGGGAUGAGAGCAGUAUAAACUGACAAAGCCAGGAACGCAAACAGAGGUUUUCGAUUUCUAAGAAGAACAUAGCUCAGAUAGGUUUUUGCCUCUUCUUUUACUUUAUAACUUUCAGAUAUGAAAAAUGUACAGAAUACCUGCUAUUAAUAUUUUGUAAGAAGAAUCUGUCUCUGUUUUACUACAGCUAUCAGUUUAUCAGGGGUUGCUAUAAUAAUUAUAUAAGAUACAAUACAUAGCAGUCAUUCCAAGGUGAUGAAAGUAUCCCUUUGCAUGUGUCCAGAUGCAUGCGUUGUCGAGGGCUGGGGGGGGUUGAAAACAAGAAGUUCAUUACUGCUUUUGGAUGUGGCUUAUCAUUGUCAAAGAAGUAUUACUAAAAAGACGACUCACAAUUACUGCCGGGGGAUUUGAAAUUUAUUUUCCGUAAGCAAAAAUGUUAUAUGCAGUACUUACACGGGACAAAAAAAGUACUUUUCUGUUUGCUAAGCACUAUCAGAAAUAAUAUUUAUUGAUUUAAUAUAAUUGUACAUGUCAUAGAUAGUUUGAGGAAAGCCAGGCACUUACAAAACAUCAGUGAAGCACAAACAUUAUAUGAUAUUGUAAGUAAUAUUAUAUAAAAACAGCGACUAUAUAAACAACUUUAGCUCUUGAUUGGUUGGCUGUUUUUAUUAUUAUUAUUAUUGAAUAACAAGGUUUUUACAAACAUAGGAAGAUUUUAUGUUACAGUGAGUUUGUAGGGAAAAACUGUUAUAGUCUAUUUUGAUAUGACUAUAUCUUUACAUAUCGAUUACAAAACACUUCUACAAAAUGAUGUGGUUGGAAUAUUUUGUUUAUUGCAUAAAUAACAAUGUUAUAACUUUCUGUAUUGUUUGCAAUUAGGGCUGUCACAAUAUUUUUAUUCCACGUGUAUUAUGAUAUCAGCAUUUUAAUUAUUCAUCUUUUGAUUUUGUGUUUUCUCUUUUUUUGGAGGGGGGGUAAUGAAUCACACUCAAAAUACGAGUGUAUGUAGAGAGAGAGAGAGAGUUUGUAGCUAUUUUAGGUCUCAAAACAAAAACGGGUGCAAAAUCACCACCUAAUAUUUUGAAGUAUCAGCCAGAUGCUGGUGCUGAAUUAUGUAUGAUAUUAUCAUAUGUUUAGUAUUAACACAAUACAAAUAAUCACGGUUAACAUCACGACUAUUGUCAAUACUGGUAUAUUGUGACAUCCCUAUUUGCAAUUUAUCACUUUUCUGUUAGAUUUAAUUUCUUUAAUUUUCUUUUAAUUUCUCUACAAUCACUUAUUUUUAAUCAUCUUGAUUUUCUCAUUACUUUAUUGUUCGGCAAUGUAGCUCUUAUUACGGUUCUGCUCUAUGUUACAAAACACUCGCCAAAAUCUAGGAAACACACUACAUGAAUGGAAUCGACAGCACUGAUGAUAAGCCUCAUCCAUUUCACGACAUGGGGAUACUUUCUCUCCUCUGUUUGUUUCACAGGCAGCACCCGUUCCUCUAGAAUGAAAUAUGCAUUUAUAUCGCUUCACAGUAUGUAGAAUGUAGCCUGUACAUAGCUUUUUAAAUGACUACUUUUUGUAUCCUUUUUUCCUUAAUAUUUCAUUAUACAUUUUUACUAGUUUUUGCUAAUUACAGACAAAAAAUAUAUAUAAAGAUAUAGACUUAGUCAUUAACAGUUUUGUUUUGUUUUCGUUAGACACUAUAGCUGAACUUUUUUAACCAUCAUUUUAUUUUCCGUUCUGUUGUUAUAUUAGACAAAAGGUGUUGCCUGGAGAACAAAAUAACAUGAAUUCUUAUAUGGCCUUACAUGCAUAAAACCAUGUGUAUUAUGAUUCAGCUCUGAUGGGGGAGGAGAAAACAAUAUCGACAACAUUUCUACGACCAGCCUGACAUUUAAGCUAAAACACCCCUGAUGGUUUUCAAAGUUAUUUUACUAGCACCUUGUGAAGUGUUUUCUGUGUCAGUGAUGUAAUUUAUUAAUGUUUGUAGCCUUUUAUACUUGUAUAAUUCUUAAGAGGUUUUGUUUGAAAUAUUUUAUCAGUCUGUGAGCCCCCUAGGACGAUUCUGUCAUUAAUGUCUCAUCGAGUUUUGGGCAAUAGUUCCUUUUUUUUUGCCUUAGGAAAACAUUUGUCUUUACUGUUUUCAUCAAAUCAAGUGCAACUGCUCAUCGAUAUGAAAUGUUACAUUAGUAUUGUUUUUAUUAUUGUUAUUAUUAAGCAGCUGUUUUAAAGAUUCUGACCAUCAUGCCAUGAAUUUUAUUUUGGUAAUGGAGUAUGUACAUUCUUAACAAGGUUUACUGUGCUCAUCAGUUGCAGUGUUUUCGUUUAUGUAAAUCUUGUAUCCACCUUUUCGAUUCGAAACACAGAUACAUCUGUCAAUGGAACUAUUUCAGGUUUUUAUUUGUACAAAAUGUGUGUUGCUUUGUUGUGGUUUAUUUUUAUAUGUUCAAACAAUUAAAUGCAUCCACUGUUUCAUGACAGUGAAUGAUACUUUUGUA